AGUCAUACCCUGAGUGAUGUGCGACCAGCCAGCACCACCCCUCACAAAUCUGAAACGGAGGUGACUUGACCAGCAUAUGAAAUUCUCCAGGUCAUUGCCUGGAGCAAACAGUAGAGCUGCUCUGCCUACCUACGGAUAUCAGAUCAAACCAAUAACAAUGCAUGGCCUGUAAGCCGCCAAUCAUGGCUCAUAGGAAGAGGCCAGGGACCAGUGGAGGAAACAGUAUGGCCGCUCCAGGCCCUGUCUCCUGUCCCACCCCUCAUCCUACAGAGCCAUGUGAUCUGAAAACACUCCCCCCUCGGCAACGCCCAGUCCGCUACCCCAAAGAGUCACAUGAUCCGAAACCCCUCCCCCGUUCCUGUAAGGCACAAUAUUCUUCUCCCAAGUCUCAAGACAUUGGUCGCAAUCAUUCGGACGUAGAUGUAGACACAGAAGUUGAAGUGAAGCGGUACAGCAACCAAGCAGAUGCAGAACUGGAGGAUCAGCGGCCAGCGACACCCUCCACGCCAGAACAUGAACAUGACCAAGAUGACCAUGAACAGGCGGACUUCCACGGUGGAGGUGACAGCCUGGAUGAUGACUCCAGCUCUGACUAUAUCAACAACACCUCAGAUGAUGAGGAAGAUUAUGAUGACGGACUGGCAGAGGAAGACGAGGGUGUGACUUACUAUAUCCGCUACUGCCCAGAGGACGACAGCUACCUGGAAGGUAUGGAUUGCAGCAGCCAGGGAGAAUGCAACCACAGCCACAGCCACAGCCAGGGUGACUGUGCAGGCACCAUGCAACCAGUUGGACCCCACACUGAUGAAUGCCAGGAGGCUGUGGAAGGAUGGGUUGAGGAAGGAGAGGCUGAAGGGGAGGUGAGAGAAGAGGAAUGGGUGGAAGAUGAGGAGGGAGAGGGAGGAGAGGUUCGCUGUGAGGUGGUGGAGCAAGAUCCAGAUGAGCAGAUAUACAAUGGAAGACCAGAACCCAUCCUAGACCAUCACCAUCACCAUCAUCACCACCUCCAACCCUCCCUGCAAGACACCCUGCGCACCCAAGACGAUGAGGAGGAGGCAGAGAGCGAAGAGUACUGCCCUAAUGAGGAAGAAGACGAGGAAGGUGAAGAGGAGGAGAGACAUGGAAGGGCCUACACUGGAGACUACUAUGCCCCCGAGGACAAUGGGAACUCAGUGCGAGUCUCUCCGUACCGUGGCCGUAAAGUGCUGGUGGUAGAGGGGGAGACAGGAGAGGAGGCGGAGGAGGACAUUGACCAAAUCGUUGCUGAGAUAAAGAUGAGUAUGAGCAUGGGGAGUCUAAGCAGUGGUACUGACCAAAGCCCAGAAGAGUUGGCGCAGGACCCUGCACCAAGUGACUACCCUCAUGCCAAGUCUGACGCAGCCCCCUACCCACCAGCUCAUCACCGCCAUGACAGCAGGCCCAAGUCCCUGAAUCUCCCCUCCAUGCACCACAACAACCCUGACAUCCAGAGGGCCAUCAAGGCACAUCCACGUUCCCCUGAAGACAGGCAGAGAUGGGCACAGGAGCAGGUGAGCAAUGGUGCAGAGCAACCCAGAAAACAGCAGCGCUCCGACCUCAACGUUCCCCUGGAGAACAACAAUGUACCAGAGCCAACAAAGAAGGUUGCAUCGUUCCCAAGCUUUGUCGAUGUCCCAGGACCCUGCGAGCCAGAAGACCUGAUUGAUGGAAUUAUCUUUGCUGCUAACUACCUGGGCUCCACUCAGCUGCUCUCUGAGAGGAACCCUUCCAAGAACAUACGCAUGAUGCAGGCCCAGGAGGCUGUCAGCAGGGUCAAGAGGGUACAGAAGGCUGCCAAAAUCAAGAAAAAGGCGAGUGCAGACGGAGAUGCUCAAACCCUCACUGAGGUUGAUCUGUUCAUCUCCACCCAGAGGAUCAAAGUCCUCAACGCAGACUCACAGGAAACGAUGAUGGACAACGCACUCCGUACUAUAUCCUACAUCGCUGAUAUUGGGAACAUCGUGGUCCUGAUGGCAAGACGCCGGAUGCCACGCACAGCCUCACAGGACUGUAUUGAAACUACGCCUGGGGCACCCGAGGCAAAGAAGCAGUACAAAAUGAUAUGCCAUGUCUUCGAGUCUGAGGAUGCCCAGCUUAUCGCUCAGUCCAUCGGCCAGGCGUUCAGCGUAGCUUACCAGGAGUUUCUGAGAGCCAAUGGCAUUAACCCCGAGGACCUGAGCCAGAAGGAGUACAGCGACAUUAUCAACACCCAGGAGAUGUACAAUGACGACCUCAUUCACUUCUCCAACUCUGAAAACUGCAAAGAGCUGCAGCUGGAGAAGAGUAAAGGGGAGAUCCUGGGUGUGGUCAUCGUGGAGUCCGGCUGGGGCUCCAUUCUGCCCACAGUUAUCUUAGCCAACAUGAUGAACGGCGGGCCAGCGGCUCGCUCUGGCAAGCUCAGCAUCGGAGACCAGAUCAUGUCCAUCAACAACACCAGCCUCGUGGGGCUGCCACUCGCCACCUGUCAGGGAAUCAUUAAGGGCUUAAAGAACCAGGUCCAGGUGAAAAUGAACAUCGUCAGCUGCCCUCCUGUUACCACUGUCCUCAUUAAGAGGCCAGAUCUGAAGUAUCAGCUGGGCUUCAGUGUCCAGAACGGCAUUAUAUGCAGUCUGAUGCGAGGAGGUAUCGCUGAGCGAGGUGGAGUCCGUGUGGGUCACAGGAUCAUUGAGAUCAACGGGCAGAGUGUGGUGGCCACAGCACAUGAGAAAAUCGUCCAGGCCCUCUCGAACUCUGUUGGCGAGAUUCACAUGAAGACUAUGCCGGCGGCCAUGUUCAGACUUCUAACAGGACAGGAGACACCUAUGUACAUAUGAACGAUGGCCAGGGACCGUUCCCCAUGACGGGCUGUCAGCUGUGAUUGGUUAUCUUACAGGGCAAACCAAGCUGAGCGGUGACCGGGGGGGAGGACGGCUUCUCCCUGUCGAUUUAUUUCUCUCUUUUUUUUUUUUUUUUCUUUGAGCUGAUGACUUCAAAUCUUCAUCUCUCCCUUGUCUGUGCUUAUUAACAUGCAAUGGCCAUUUUAUUGACAUGAGACGCUUUUUCCAUCUUUAGAGCUGAAGAGACAGCGUGUGUAUGUAUGUGUGUGUGUGUGUGUAUGUUUGUGUGUACGUGUGCGUGAGUGGAUAAUGUUUGUUAUUUAUUUGUCCUGUCUGUGCUUUUCUGUGUGUGAUCGUGUGUAUGGACUUAUCGAGUGACUGCAUCACAAUUUGUUUUUUUUAUAUUCAUGUAAUGGAAUAUGAUACUUCUACUAUACUUCUUGUAUAGUUUCAUUUUCUUCUCUGUUUAUUUAUUUGUCAUGUAAAUACAUAUUUGCUAAUAUUGUAACUGAAGGCAGUGGGGAGGGAAGGGCCACAGCUGCAUUGUAAAUAUUUAUUGAAUCUUGCUGUUGAAUUGAAAGCAGGCCUUGAUGAUGGCAAAGACACAAUUAAAUGCCGGAUAUUGUAGUGGUUGCCAGUGAAAAAGGGGAAUUACUUUAGUGUUUGAAAUGUUGGUAAGUUGAUAUAUAUUAUGUACAUGUGAAUCAAACCAGUGCUUGCAGCAGGGGUUUAUGGGAGAAACGCCAUAUCCUUUUGAUUUACGUCAUUUUACGGCAAUACACAAGUUCAACCUCUGAAUGGUCUUUUCUAAAUCUCAUGUACAAACAUUCACACAUUUAAAUAACAAGCAACGGAAUUACACUUCUAACAUGCAUUAAUUAUGCUUUUGAUAUCAAAGUCACAUGUAUGAAAAAUGAAGUUUCUUUUGCGUGCUACUCUACUGUAUGUUCAUCUUUAGUGUUCCUGACUGAAACUCAUGAAUACUAUGAGUGGAUUGUGAAUGUAACUGUGUUGUGUGAGCUGUCCCAUUGCCAUAAGCAGUAUUAGAAUGUCUGUACAUAAAGAUUAACGUGUCUAGUAUUGUGCUCAUGUUAAAAAAAAACUAAACAAAACACACAGGUUUAGUCACAUCUUCCCACCUGUAUGUUGGCUUUCAGUCUUGAGAGGGAAAGAGAGAACUGUGAAUCACACACUGUGACAGAAAAAAGCCUUACAGCAGAGUAAUGGCUUUACAAUGCAUCGUAGUACAAUUUUAACCAUAUGAACAUUAUCUGUGUGCAUGCUUCGUAAAGUAGUAUCAUGUCAUUGUGGCAAGAUAAUAAAACCUGAGCUAAACCUGGCUGGUUUUGUUGGACUGGAUCAAACUGCAAACUGUUUCUGAAAUGUUUGUGUAUUGUCAUAUGAAGGCGUGGCCUGUGCACCUACUUUGACUUUCACAGUUAGUCUGUUUUUAUGGAAGCCCACUGCCACCAGCAAAAUAAAAAACUAUUGAAAAGU